CUGACUCCUAACCCGAGUCCAUGAAGGGGUUGGCCGUCGUCCCUACAAGAUCAGAUGGCCGCGACCUCCACACCUGACCUCCAUCGCCAGCCGAAUCGAUAGCUAGGGUUCCCAUCCGAGAAUCUCCGGACCAAUCAAUCGAUCGAUGGCCGGCAACGGCGCGGAAGGUGCGCUCAAGCGCUGCUCGGCCGCCAAGCGGAAGGCGGAUCAGGAGGCGGCGCCCGGCUGUUCCGAAGCUAAGGCCGUGGUUGCAGCUCCUUCUCGUCCUCCCUCAAGGAACAUGAUGCCGACGGAGAGGGUGGAGUACUUACUCAACUGCAAGAGCCAGCCAUACCACCGCACCGGGAAGAUCGACCCCGUCGCCGACAGGUACGACGAGCUGGCGAAGGAGAUGGAGGAGAACCGGGAGCAGCUCAGGAAGGAGUUUGAGGAGAAGGGCUACGUCUACGUCCCCGACGGCUACGAGGAGGAGAUCCAUAGAUGCAACGAUGCCGCGUUCAAGUCUGCAUACCUCGAGGUGUAUGGGUGCCUCCCGCCCGAGGACGGUGACUGAGGCUGUCUAUUUAUGAGAGCUCAAGUCACACUGCCUGUGUUGUGCCUUGUAAUAAUGAUAUUUACCCGCUAUAAUUAGAGUAACCUACGGACCAAGUUGGAUUGGAGUAGUACAUUAUUGUCUUGAUUUUGCUGGGAUGAAGAA